AUGGGUAACGCCAGCUCUAGUAAUAGUAGAAGUGAAAGAUCUGUUAGAUCAGAAUACGAUUGCAGCAGCAGGCAACAACUUGUUGAAUUGUACCGUACUAAUGUGAAAAGUGCAGAUAUUGUCAAAAGAAAGAUAAGAAACGGUGGUGGCUCCACUUCCAUUUUACAUAUCGGUCUUCGCGUGACAAUCGAUGAUGGGAGGAAAUUUCUAAUACAUAGCACUAAUGCAAGUAGUGCACAGGUUAUUACUGAUGCAAGACACAUGAAUGACAAUAAUUGGAAAACUGUCGAAGAAGGACUCACCCCAAAAAAUGAUACAACUGUUGGCAGCUUCAUGAAGACCGCUAGAAAGGAUGGAGGUUACAACUUGAUAAAAAAUAACUGCCAUCAUACUGUCAAAAAAAUUAAAAAGAAUCAUUUUUAA